AAAAGGAAAGUGAGAGAAUCUCACUUCCUAUAUAAAACUGACACAUAACUAUACCAGCCAAAAAACAAACCAACAACCUUUCCGCAUCGAUAAAAAAACGCCGCCCUCCAUUCUAUUCUUCAACAAACACUUUCCACAUGAGUACUACUGAUCUUCCACAUAUUCCCGGCGGCAUAAAUUCGCCGGCGGUGAUUUCACCAUCACCGCCGGAGAAUCAUUCCUCGGGAAUCGACAUAGCCGACUCUGACUUUGUCGUGAUCUUAGCUGCCUUACUCUGCGGGCUAAUUUGUGUGCUUGGCCUUGUUACUGUUGCUCGUUGCGCUUGGAUUCGACGGAUCGCUGCUGGAGGAAAUUCAGCUGUUCCUCCUCCUCCUCCUCCGGCCAACAAAGGUUUGAAGAAGAAGGUCCUUAAAUCACUCCCAAAGUUCAGCUACACACUCGAACAAUCUGCGAAAUUCUCUGAAUGUGCAAUUUGCUUAACGGAAUUUGUUAACGGAGAUGAAAUACGAGUGUUGCCGUUGUGCGGCCAUGGAUUCCACGUGGCAUGCAUUGAUACGUGGUUAGGAUCGCAUUCGUCUUGUCCCUCUUGCCGGCAGAUACCAGUGGUUGCCAGGUGUCAUAAGUGUGGGGCCGUCGGAGGUGAGUCGUCGGGCAGCCGAUCGGUUCCUACAGAUUAUCAUGUAAAUGCAUUUUUACCUUAGGAACUAGUGGGGUAAUACUAUGCUUACGAGUUCGCGAUUCUAGCUUCUUCUUUUUUUUAAAUUACUAGGUUUUAAAUUAAGGAUGCGGUCAUAUCGACACUAACGUAUUGGGUUCAUCAAAACCCUGAAGUUAAGUGUGCUUGAGCGAGAAGAGUGCUAGGAUGGGUGACCCCGAAAAAGUUUUUGAGUUGUAUCCCUCCUUUUACAUCACACCAUUUGGGGCUGCGUCCCUUUCUAGGAUGCUGCUAACGUGGCCAGUUAUGUGCGUCAGACUGUUUCUGAUUGUUAUUGAAUUCUAAAUUAAUAAUUUAUACA